AUGACAACUGAUCUUAAACCGGUAAAGGGCGACGCCCUGCUGUUCUUCAGUCUCCACCCUGAUGCAACAACAGAGUCUGACAGCUUGCAUGGGAGCUGCCCUGUCAUCGAAGGCCAGAAGUGGUCUGCAACUAAAUGGAUCCAUGUGAGGUCGUUUGACCUCCCUGUCAAGCAGGUGGGUUCCUCUGACGGAUGCGAGGACGAGAACGUCCUCUGUCCCCAGUGGGCGGCGGUGGGGGAGUGCGCCAAGAACCCUAACUACAUGGUCGGGACCAACGAAGCACCUGGCUUCUGCCGGAAGAGCUGCAACGUAUGUGCGCAGUAA